UUUGAGUUUUCCUUCCUUGCUUCGUCUUUCAUCCCACCACCUUCACGCUUGACAAUGGCGGACAUGAGCGCUCGCAUCCAGUUCGGUGAAGACACCAUUGAUCGUGCUCGGACUGCGAACGAGCCCGGUGCGGCUUCAGCAUACAAGCGCAGAAUUUCCAUCCAGGAGAUUGAUGCUGAGUCCGUCGUCUCCGAAAAGGCAAGCGGUGUUCGCGAGAGUGACUUCAAGCAGCGGCAAGUGUUCAAAGGAUGGACACUGCUGUGGCUAGCCUACCAAUCGACUGGUGUUAUAUACGGAGACAUCGGCACGUCGCCGCUUUAUGCCUACAGCUCGACAUUCUCCUCUCCGCCCGAACGACCGGAUCUUCUGGGUGCCUUGUCGCUGAUCAUCUGGUCACUAACCCUGAUUGUCACCAUCAAAUAUGUUUGCAUCGUCCUGCGCGCCGACGAUGAGGGCGAAGGCGGUACUUUUGCCAUGUACACACUUCUCUCUCGCUACUCGGACAUCAUGAAGAGUGACCCGAGAGUCAACCGGUUGGUGAAGAUGGAGCGCCACAACACAAACGAGAUGAACCCAACUAACCGCGGCGUUCGAACUUGGCUGGAAAAGAGCAAGAUCGCGAAUGCUAUGCUGAGAAUUUUGGCUGUUCUUGGUGUCAGUUUGAUCAUGGCUGACGGUAUCCUUACACCUGCGCAGUCGGUACUGGGCGCUAUCCAAGGCCUCGAAGUCGCUUCAUCCAACAUCACAAACGGGACGAUUAUCGGUGUCUCCUGCGCCAUCUUGAUUCUGCUCUACGUCGUACAACCCCUCGGCAUCCACAGAAUCUCGAGCGCAUUUGCGCCUAUAGUCAUCAUCUGGCUGCUCUUCAACGGCGUCUUUGGCAUCUACAACCUCGCUGUCCAUGAUUAUACCGUGUUAAAGGCUUUCUCACCUUACUAUGCUGGAGACUGGUUUAUGCGAAACCGUACGACAGGCUGGAUUAACCUCGGCGGUAUUCUGCUAGCCUUCACCGGUGUCGAGGCCCUGUUCGCGGACCUUGGAGCCUUCAGUAGGCGCGCUGUGCAGAUCAGCUGGCUCUUCUUCGCAUUUCCGUGCUUGCUGCUAGCGUACAUUGGUCAGGCGGCCUACAUAUCCCAUGAUCCUUCGGCUUACUCGAAUCCGUUCUUCCAGACCGUGCCACCUGGCAUGUUCUAUCCAUCUUUGGUCAUUGCUAUCUUGGCGGCCGUCGUGGCAUCGCAGGCUUUGAUCACUAGCACGUUCCAGCUGCUCUCUCAAGUAAUGCAUGCAAGCUACUUCCCGCACAUCACGAUGAUCUACACGAGUGACAAGUUCCAUGGACAAGUUUACAUCCCGUUAGCAAACUGGUUAAUGAUGGUGGGCACUGUAAUCGUCACUUCGGUUUACAGCAACACCACUCGCCUUGGACAUGCCUACGGCGUAUGUGUUAUCCUCGUCACGUUCAUUACAACGAAUCUAGUCACCUUGGUCGCAAUCAUUGUGUGGCGUGUGCACCCUGCCCUGGUCUUCCUUGUGUGGCUUCCGUUCGUCACUCUUGACGGUCUGUACCUCACUUCAGCCCUGACAAAGGUCCCCGACGGAGCUUGGUUCACGCUCCUGCUUGCCGUCAUCCUCGCCUCGUUUUUCAGCCUGUGGCGGUACGGUAAAGAAAAGCAGUGGACAUGGGAAGCGAAGACGCGCCACGACAUCUCCGACAUUCUGCCAAAGAGCCCGGAUGCCAGCAAUCACAGCGGCUUGGUGCUCUCUGAGCGCUAUGGUGGAGGCGAGCUCACCGAGAUUGAUGGCAUCGGAAUCUUCUUCGACAAAGCCGGCGACUUCGUGCCAACAGUCUACGAACAGUGGCUGAAGAAGUUCCGCGCUCAAAAUGAAGUGGUUGUGCUCAUGCACAUGCUGGCUUUGAGUCGCCCGCAUGCAGAAGAGGAUGAGAUGUAUACGGUCAGCCGGACGAGCGUCAAGAAUGUCUACCGCAUGAUCAUCCGCCAUGGUUACAAUGACCGCGUCAUUACGCCGGACCUUGCACGCCUAGUCUACGAGGAGGUGCGCAAGGCAAUCAUGCGCGGCGCGGUGAAGAUGUCGCCAUCGGAGGCGUCUUCGAACGGGGCGAUAGCGGAGAAGCACGUCGAUGCGCAAGAUGCCGCAUUGGUGGCGAAGCUACAGCAUCUGGACGAAGCAUACGCGACGCAGACAUUGUACCUGAUUGGCAAGCAGCAGAUGCGCGUCAAUCCGAAGUAUAACUUCGUCAAGAAGAUUCUGCUUAGUGCAUUCCUGUGGGUUAGAGAGAACACGAGAGGAAGGAUGGAGAAGCUGAACUUGCCAGUGGAUAAGAUGGUGGAGGUUGGCUUCGUUGGCGAGAUCUGAUUCGGGAGGUCGCUCUUAGUCUUUUAUUCGAAUCGUCAACAACAUGUUUCUUGCAGCAACAUGCGGUUGCGGACAAGACGCCUUGUUUGCAUCGCAAAGUCGUCGCAAUGCUCCAGCGCCU